AUGGACUUUGUGGUAGGCUUACCAAGGACUGACAAGGGAUUUAACGCUAUUUGGGUGAUUGUUGAUCAGCUGACAAAGUGUGCUCACUUCUUCCUAAUCAAAAAUACGUACUCAAUGGAUCAAUUGGCACAAUUAUAUGUGGAUGAAAUCAUGAGGUUGCAUGGAGUACAUGUGUCCAUUGUGUCUGAUAGAGACCCCAGAUUUACUUCCAUGUUUUGGAAGAGCCUACACAAAGCCAUAGGCCCAGAUACUUUAAUUUACGGAAGCCCAAGUAGGUUAGUGGGAGCGGGCUGA